CUGGAAUAAGGCAGUGUGCCGUGGCGUGCUUGCAAGGGGCUGCUUCACCAGCCUCGGGAACAUCGCUGGCUACAUGCACACGCACACACACAGGCGCACUUGCUCACACACGCGCACACACAGCCUCUUGGUGCAGCUCCUCACUGCUCUUUGAUUUGCAAGGAAGGAAAUAAGACCUCUUAGAGCAGCAGAAGCAGCAGCUGUUGACAAGAUGUGCUGACAAAAUCGACCAGGGAGAAAUCUCAAAUCUGUUUUGCUGCCUGGGCUGGACCUGCUCCUGGAAGAGGAGUGGCAGAGGAGAGAGAGGAGGAUGAGCAGCCCCUCCAUCCCUGGGAAGAUGGAGGCAAAACCUUUGUUCAACGUGCAGAAGGCUCUGGUGCAGCCUGUGCAGAUGUGCAUGUUGGAUAUCCCCCUGAGCGUGCAGGAUGAUGAUAGCUCCACACAGGAGAUUGGAGAAGAGCUGGAGGAUGGUGUGAUCUACAGCAUAUCGCUUCGGAAAGUGCAGCUCCAUCACACAGCCAACAAAGGGCAGCGAUGGCUGGGGUUUGAGAAUGAGUCAGCCUUAAACCUCUACGAGACAUGCAAGGUACGGACAAUAAAAGCCGGGACCUUGGAGAAGCUGGUAGAAUACCUGGUCUCAGCCUUCAAGGGCAACGACUCCACCUAUGUCACCAUCUUCCUGUGCACUUACCGGGCCUUCGCUACCACCAAGCAAGUGCUGGAUCUGCUGCUUAACAGGUACGGCAAACUCCAUGUGCAAAUGAAUGGGGACCAUGCCAGGCAUGCUGUGGAUGAGAGGAUGGAGCUGAAGAACACCAUUUCCUCCAUCCUGGGUGCCUGGCUGGACCAGUAUUCAGAGGACUUCCGGAAGCCCCCGGACUUUUCCUGCCUCAAGCAGCUCAUCUCUUACGUGCGCCACAACAUCCCUGGCUCAGACCUGGAGCGCCGAGCCUGCAUCCUGUUAGCCCAGUUCCAGCAGCAAGAGCAGAGCGAGUCUGAGGUGGAAGCUGUGGACCACAGUGGCUGCACCUUUCAGCUGGUGGAAGAGAACGGGGUCGGGGACAGGAAGCCGGAUUUCCUCUCCUUCUCCCCAGAGAUGGUAGCAGAACAGUUCACACUGAUGGAUGCUGAGCUGUUUAAGAAAGUGGUGCCUUACCACUGUCUGGGCUGCAUCUGGUCCCAGCGAGACAAGAAGGGCAAAGAACACCUGGCACCCACCAUCCGUGCCACGGUUUCGCAGUUUAAUAGUGUGGCCAACUGUGUCAUUGCCACAUGUCUUGGAGACCGGUCCUUGAAGCCACAGCACAGGGCUAAAGUGGUGGAGCGGUGGAUCGAAGUGGCUCGGGAGUGCCGCAUCCUGAAGAACUUCUCCUCCCUCCGAGCCAUUCUUUCGGCUCUGCAGUGCAACGCUGUUCACCGGCUGAAGAAGACCUGGGACGAGGUCCUAAGGGAGAGCUUCCGCACUUUCCAUGAACUCUCAGAGAUCUUCUCCGAUGAGAACAACCACUCGCUGAGCCGGGAGCUUCUCAUUAAGGAAGGCACAUCCAAAUUUGCCACCUUGGAGAUCAACCCAAAGAGGGCUCAGAAGCGGCAGCAGCAGCAGAGAGAAAUGGGUGUGAUGCAGGGCACCAUUCCCUACCUUGGCACCUUCCUUACUGACCUGGUGAUGCUCGACACUGCCAUGAAGGAUUUCCUGGAUGGCGGGCUGAUCAACUUUGAGAAGAGAAGGAAGGAGUUCGAAGUCAUUGCUCAGAUCAAGCUGCUUCAGUCAGCCUGCAACAACUACAGCUUCACGCGGGAGGACCAGUUCGUGGACUGGUUCCACAGUCUGGAGCGGCUCAGUGAGGCUGAGAGCUACGGGCUGUCAUGUGAGAUUGAGCCACUGUCAGAGUCAGCCAGCAACACGUUGAAAGCAAAGAAAAACACAGGCAUCAUCAAGCGAUGGAGCGACCGGCAGCCACCAAGCACCGAGCCCUGUGGCAGCAGCAGCUCCCACUCAAAAUCCUUUGAUCAGCUCAAGUGUGGGCAGUACCUGUGCAGCGGGGAUGCCACUGAUUCAGUGAGCGUCACCUCCGCUGGCUCCAGCAGCUCCGAUGUGGAGGAGAUCAACAUCAGCUUCAUCCCUGAGUCCCCCGACUGUCAGGAGAAGAAGGUCAGUGAGAUCCCUCUGGCCUCCCUACCCCAGCGCUGGUACGCCCUGUCUGUGGCCAAUGGAGAAGUUAAACCUGCUGUGUCCUCCGCAUCCCCUCUCCUCCCUGCCCUCCAGUUCUGGGAAUCCACGUCCCUCUCCUCCCUGGACACAUCAGGCAUUGGCUCAGGCUCCAGCAGUGCCUCAUCCUCUUCAGUCUCCUCCACACCAGUGACGGCCUCCCGUACCCACAAGCGCUCAGUCUCUGGCAUCUCCAGCUACUCCUCGCUCUCGCUGCCCCUCUACAACCAGCAGGUUGACGACUGUUGCAUCAUCCGUGUCAGCCUGGCUGUGGACAACGGCAACAUGUACAAGAGCAUCCUGGUGACGAGCCAGGAUAAGACCCCAGUUGUUAUUCGCAAGGCCAUGGCAAAACACAACUUGGAUGGGGACAGGCCUGAAGACUAUGAGCUCAUUCAGAUCAUCUCAGAGGAGAGAGAGCUGAAGAUCCCCGACAAUGCCAAUGUCUUCUAUGCCAUGAACUCUGCUGCCAACUAUGAUUUUGUGCUCAAGAAGAGGGGCUUCUCCAAGGGAGUGAAGAUCAAGCAUGGCUCCAGCUCCACCCUGCCCAGGAUGAAGCAGAAAGGCCUGAAGAUCGCCAAAGGCAUCUUCUAGCCUCAGCCCCACUGCCACCCAUCACCAGUGGGGCUUUGGGGGCAUGCUGAUCCGGCCUUGGCUGCAGGUGGUCCUUGUGCUGCCUGGCACAGCAAGAGCAGUGGCCCUUGCCCACAGGUCCCGCUGUGCAUCGCCCUGCUGCACCAAGAGCCGGGCACUUCAUCAGCCGGUGUCGACCUCGGUCUGUUUCGGUUGGGUCCUUGUUUCUGCACAGGAAGACAGCAGAAUGGGGGCCUCUCUCUCCCCCUCACUCUCUGUUCCCCUCCCGCCUGGUGUGACACUAGUCCAGCCCAGCCACUGGGCAGCCCUUGGCUGAAGCUGCCUCUGCCGUAGGUGCCUUGUGUCCGAGCAAGCCAGGGAGUAGUGACUCACAAGAGGGGCCAUCUGCAAGGAGUAGAGCACAAGCACAUGGUGGGGUGCUCUUCUUCCCAGCUUUCCUGGUGGUGUUUUACCUCCAUGUCCUUCCUCCCCUGGAUAACUGGCAUCACUGUUGCCACACUUCUCUGCCUGUCAUUCCUUUGGGAGAAGCUGUGGAUGCCCUGGUCUGGGAAGUGAGCUGGAAAGGAUGCAGCCCUGCACCGAUGCUUGGAGCCCUGUGGAGGAGGGCUGUGUCCAUGCCAUGAUGGAUUGGGUGGCUCAUACUCCCAACAACUGAAAGCCUGCAUGGUCUCUCUUCUCUCCCAAGUCCAGCAUGCCCCACAGCUGGACUUUCACAGCCCAUGUUCAAACUUGCACCAAAGAUCAAACGUCAGUGUCUCUUCUGCCAUCUGAGGAAGCUUUGGGCUGUGCCCCAAGUGCUGCCAGCCCACGAGGAGGAGAACAAAAUUCUGUUUGAACUCGUGUAAAUAGGGUCCUUGGGUCUGCAUGGGCAGGUGAGGAGCCAGAGCUUCUGGUGCCCCAGCUGCUGCCCACAGAAAGUGCCACACGCCUUGGGCUUCAACCAGACUUUUUCAAACACUGACCAUGGGAGAAGCAGCACUGAGACUUCUUUUGUAUAAAACAAAAUAGUUUACUGAUUUCUCCCCCCCCCCCCCCCCAUAUUUAUUGGUUGUAAAUAGAAGAGUCAAACGUGUACAUUUUACUAAUCCAGCCUCCGCCUGCCCUGCAGUCCAGUCCCUCCCCCCACCCUGGUAUUUAAGGGUGCCUGGAGGGACAGUGAUAGCAGCAGUCUCUCUGCCAUGCUCAUGGGGUGCAGGCACUGCUGGCCACCCUCCCCUCCCGUUUUUCUACCAUCCAAGCAGGAGCAGAGAUGCUUGUUUUAAUCGCUGUAGGGAACACUAACCAAAAGGGGACCAUUUUUUACUCCUCCAUCUCUUUUAAUUUUUUACCUUUCAGCGUGCUUCCUUCCAAAGUGGUGUUCCCGUUUCCCUCUGUCCAUGCUCCUGGGGGUCGCAGCACCUCUUCUGUAGCAGAGGGGCCUGGGCAGCACCUGGGGAUGCAGCAAGGCUGCAUGGCCACGCUGGGGACCGGCGCUGCUGGCAGUGUGCUCUCACAGCCCUCUAUCCCCUUGGGUGGCAUUGCACAUCUCUGCACAUGAUGGGAGCCCAUGGCUCCCUGACACGGGCAGCCUCCUGCCUCCCACCCUGCUCAAAACCCAGCCCUUGGGCACCAGCAUCCAGGGUCCUCUCUCUGCUCUGUGCUGCCAUCUCCUGCCCACCCUGGGGCCAUGCUGGUCCCCCUUCCCCUAGUGUCCCCCAGCAACCCAGUGUCAUCGGACGGACUGGCUGUACCGUAUGUAUUUUGUACCACUUCAGUGAAGGCGCACACUCCCUGGUGUGACUUGUACACAGCAAUGUAAUUUAAUAUUUGCAGUAAAAUACUGAUGUUCAAAC